UCACUGCGCCUGCGUGCGGGCGCGAGCGGUCAAAGCGCCUUCCGGAGGCCGCCGAACUGCGUUUCCCUCCCGGUCUGUCCCUUUCGAAGUACCCUGAGCGAGAUUCAGGGAGGCCACCGCCACUGGAGGGGCGUUUUUCUCUAGCUCUGACACCUCCGGGUGCCCAGCUACUCCGGCCCUUCCCCUUUGACCCUGCUCUCGGCGGGGUGAGAGGUCGGUGGCCAUCUUGUGGCGGCGGCGCGGGCGGCUGUUACUGCGGAGACCCAUCCCCUCCCCCUCCUUACCCCCCUGGCAGUCUGUCAGUCUGUAAAGAGCCUCGCAGGCAGUCAGGUGAGGCCCCGGCCUCGUGCCGUCGCUCUUCCCGCCGCACUGGGCGGCCCAGGCCGCUCCCUGCAGGGCCCCAUCGCCGCCACCAUGUCCUCCUUCUCCGAGUCGGCGUUGGAGAAGAAGCUCUCGGAGCUGAGCAACUCUCAACAGAGCGUGCAGACCCUGUCCUUGUGGCUCAUCCACCACCGCAAGCACGCGGGACCCAUCGUCUCUGUGUGGCACCGCGAGCUCCGCAAAGCCAAAUCAAAUAGAAAGCUUACUUUUCUGUACUUAGCCAAUGAUGUCAUCCAAAACAGUAAAAGGAAAGGACCUGAAUUCACUAGAGAAUUUGAAUCUGUCCUUGUGGAUGCUUUUUCUCAUGUUGCCAGAGAGGCAGAUGAAGGCUGUAAAAAACCUUUAGAAAGAUUGCUGAACAUCUGGCAAGAAAGAAGUGUGUAUGGCGGCGAGUUCAUACAGCAGCUGAAGCUGUCUAUGGAGGACUCCAAGAGCCCUCCCCCCAAAGCAACAGAGGAGAAGAAAUCUCUGAAGCGAACUUUUCAGCAGAUACAAGACGAGGAGGAUGAUGACUACCCUGGAAGCUACUCUCCCCAAGAUCCUUCUGCAGGACCCCUCUUGACUGAGGAACUGAUCAAAGCUUUGCAGGACCUGGAAAAUGCUGCAUCAGGGGAUGCUACUGUCCGGCAGAAGAUUGCGUCUUUGCCUCAGGAAGUGCAGGAUGUUUCUCUGUUGGAAAAAAUAACAGACAAAGAGGCAGCUGAACGUCUUUCAAAAACGGUAGAUGAAGCAUGUCUGUUACUAGCAGAAUAUAACGGGCGUCUGGCGGCAGAACUGGAAGACCGGCGCCAGCUGGCUCGGAUGCUGGUGGAGUACACCCAGAACCAGAAAGAUGUUCUGUCAGAAAAGGAGAAAAAACUAGAAGAAUAUAAACAGAAGCUUGCUCGGGUCACCCAGGUCCGCAAGGAACUGAAGUCCCAUAUUCAGAGUUUGCCAGACCUCUCAUUGCUGCCCAACGUCACGGGAGGCUUGGCCCCGCUGCCCUCUGCUGGUGACCUGUUUUCAACUGACUAGGACAGGUGUCAUGCCCCAGAUCCCAUCUCGACCAGCAGAAAGAAGAGGGCAAGUCAUGGCUGGAAAUAACCUUGUGGCCCCUGGUUCUGUCCCUCCAUCCCGGUCCCGCAGCCUCAAGAACCACAGACUCUGAUCCUCCUCUCCGUCCUCUCUCGAGCACAAUUCAGAACAGUGGCGAGUGGAGUCCAGUUUAGAUUCGUGUGGGCAAGGAGUACAAGCUCUCCCACUUCAUGUUUUCAUGCCCCUGUUGGGUUUCCAUUCUUAGCUCUCUCUUUACACCCAAGAAGUUACGAAAAUCAUGUGUCCUUCUGGAAGCGUUCAGAAGAAUCUUGUCGCUCAUGACAGCAUUGUGUCAUGAAAGCAACUUCUCUUUUCUGAGCUGGGCUUGUUCAAGUUCAGUCCGGGCCUCCACUGAAGGACUCGCGCUGGAGUCAUGGACUUUUCCUGGCUACCAUCUACCCCAAAGGUUGGAGGCACAACCGUCAAGUAGCUUUGCCAUAAAGAGUUUGCCAAAUCUCAUCCUUCCUUUCCCUUCCUUCUAGUGAUGGGUAGUCAGAAGUGAGGUGCGCUUGUUUUGUGAGCAGACUAGGGCAUCUAGCGGUAAGAGUUAAAGCUGAUCUGGAACACAGCCACAGUUCAGAAACAAGAGUAACAGGGAUCACAAGCAUGAGUUAAAAAUAAGUUAUUUGCUCCAGGUUCCUACAAACAACCUUCCCAGCCACCCACUGUCAGAGAAAACGUUCCUAAAAACCUGAUCUUUUGGCCCUGAUUGGUUGUGAAGGCAAUUAUUAGAAAUGGCACUGGUGGGCCCCAAAAGCUUAAGACUUAUUAAGAGUCUGGGCUCUGCACAGGUGGUGUUGCUUUUUCAACCCAUGUCUUUCGGGGAGCAGGGCUCACACUAACAUUUACUUCGCUGGGCGCGUGUCUGCAGUAUGGUGAGUAAACUUGAGUAUGUCCCUUGCAAAUACGACACUGUGCCUGUUUGUGUGUGUGUGCGCGUGCCCCUGGCCACCGCACGCCCCUGUGCCCGGAAGAGGGAGGGGUCCUCUGAUGGGCUGUCACGGGAUAGCUCAUCUCGGGCAGAGGAAGGGGGCAAGUCAGGGAUUUUUAAUUUGGGGUUUUAAUUCCAUUAUCAUGCCAGCUGACAUUAUGACUAUAUAUCGUAGUCAGAGAGGAUUUUUACCUUGCUUUUAGUGAAGGUUAGGCCUGCUAGCUGUAAAUCAUUCUGAUUUGGCAGGCUUAUUUUUGACAUUGGAAAGGGCAGAAAACAAUUUGCCCCAGUAGUAUAAUAGGAGUAGAGCCCAGAGGCUGAAAUCCAGAAGCUGUAAGAAGGAAUUCAGUGGUGGGGGCCGCAGAAUCUCCAUUAUUUUGAGUUGCUAUUUUCAGGAUUACCAAAAAGCCAAUUACUUGUGGUUUUACAUGUUAAACAUGUUGAAACAUAGCCUGUGUUUUAAACGUGUGGCAGGCUUUCCUUUAAGAAGCUCUCCCGCCUGCCAUGAAGUGAGAACGAAGGAAAGUCGUAGCAGGUGUUCAGUUUAACUCUGUGUAGAACAUAGUAGCAUUUAAGCUGUGUUUUGGAUUUGAAUAUGGACUGUGUGUUGUUUGCUUAUUGACACUGCCUGUUGUCCUGUCAUUAUUAAAUUAAUGAGUCUCUAUAACUAUAAAGAUUUUCUUCCCAGAGGCCAUAGGGCAGUAGGUGACCUUACUAAAAUCGCAAGAUCAAGUCUAGUCUUCGCUGUGUGUGCACAUGCGCCCCGCUCCCCAUCUGGUGCGCUGCUUUAGUCCCGCGUGUGAGCUUGCUUUGGAACGGACCCAUCUCGGACAUUCUCUGGCUUUCGCCGAGGAAGCGAAAUUUUACUAGCCAUGAAUCAAAAGGGUAUAGUAGAUAUUUGCUCUGAUCAGCUAGAUGAAAGUGUCGUAACGUGAUGGAUUUCACCCACUGCUAUGUUUUAUCUGAUUGAGUUUGACCAGCAAUUGGUGCAUAAUGAAUACAGCAAGAGCAAAAAAUGAAACUGUAGCAAUUAUGUAAAUGAAUGUGUUGGCCUCCUAACACCUGUUACUAGUGGACUUCCUAUGAGGAAGUUAGUUUGGGGCUUUGUUUUGUUUUUUAAUGAAAUACUUUUGUUUUUUAAAUCUUAAUUCUCCCCUUAUCCUCCCCAAGUGUGCUUAUUACUUCUUUUAAUUUAAAUGAACCUUUCUUCUCCUUGUAUGUAUGAGGUGAUCUGGUGGGGUGGGGUGGGUGGUUUUGUUUUGUGUUUUUUCUUUCUUUAGGGCAUCCAUAGGCCUCAAAGGACCUUUCCUUUAGGUCAUAUUCCUCAGAAAGUCUUCAUUCUUCUUUGUUUUGUUUUGUUUUUUUUCUUAAAGAAUAUUUUUAAAGCUUAAAUUUGUAUAUUAAUUUAGGACUUUAUUUAGAAGUAUAGGCUGUCAUUGGCGGCAGCAGUAUAUUCUGAAAUGUCUCAUAGAUAUAUAUUUUUGAAUAAAGAUGGUGUUGUUGAACGACAUU